CAAUAUAGAAUUAAGCUUGAGAAACGGUGAAAGUUGAAGACUGAGGACUUUUAUAUAAAGGUGGGUGUGGGGCUUUUGGGUCUUUACAAGUUGUAUUGGUGAGAAAAGCUUCUUAAGUUUGUGUCAGAGUUAAAGUUUUGCAAUACUAGAGUUGUUUUUGUGUUAGCUAUAGUGUGAUGGGGAGGCAACCUUGUUGUGACAAACUUGGGGUAAAGAAAGGGCCAUGGACAGCUGAGGAAGAUAAGAAACUCAUCAACUUCAUACUCACCAAUGGCCAGUGCUGCUGGCGAGCCGUCCCGAAGCUUGCUGGCCUCCGGCGUUGUGGAAAGAGUUGUCGGCUUCGAUGGACUAAUUAUCUUCGUCCGGACUUAAAGAGAGGUCUUCUUACUGAAGCUGAAGAGCAACUGGUUAUUGAUCUUCAUUCUCGUCUUGGAAAUAGGUGGUCCAAAAUUGCGGCGAGAUUGCCAGGGAGGACUGAUAAUGAGAUCAAGAACCACUGGAAUACCCACAUCAAGAAAAAGCUUCUGAAAAUGGGAAUUGAUCCGGUAACCCACGAACCGCUCCACAAGGAAUCCAUGGAUAAUAAGGAAACGAGCACGGAAAAUACCAAUAACAAUUUGCCUGCACAAUCCGGAAAUAAUCAGUCACAAGAAACUGAUAGCGUAGUUACUUCAGAAGAUAAUAAUUCAAGCUUAUCACAGACGGAGAAUUCAUCAUCUGGGGAUGAUUCACUUUUGUUAGAGAGUAUUUGCAACGACGAGUCGUUGAUGAACAGCUUGUGGGUUGAGGAGGAAUCUAAUCCUCUUGUCCUUGAUUCAUUGUGGAACUGUCCAGACGUAGUACCAAAUGGAGACAAGCUAAACGACAUGGGAAUAUUGCCGUCUUUGGAGGAUAGUUGUGCAUGGUUAUUGGACUGCCAGGAUUUUGGUAUUCAUGAUUUUGGUUUGGAUUGUUUCAACGACAUCGAAUUAAAUGCGCUCAACAACUUAGAAAUGGAAGAAAAACAGUAGAAGAUCAUCGACCGCUUUGCAAAAAUACAAUUAGUAAGUAGUCAACAAAAGCGGUGAAAGUUAGAAAAAAAACAAAUAUAUCAAAAAGCUUCAAGGCGAAACAUGUUACAAAAAAGUACCAUGUCUCUGGGUUCGGUUUUUAUUAGGAUGUUCUUGCUUUUUAUGGUAAAAAAAUGGUGUAAUUCUUGGAGUGUUGAGCUUAAACCUAGCUGCUUCACAAGAUGUUUGAAUUUUCUCACCCAAAAAAAAAAAAAAAGAAACUGUGAUGCCCCAAAGUAGAACCAAAAAGAAGUAUAAGGUAAUCUUUAAAAUAUUUAUAUUUGGUUAUUUUAAAUUAUUUUGUAAUAUUAUGUAAAACACAUUUGCACGUACAAUAUGUCAAAAUUGUGUUAGCAGGUUUUGUCAAUUUGUUAUAUGAAGCCUCUCUGUAUAUAUAAUGUACUUCAUGUUGAAAUAAAAAAAUAAAAAAAAAACAAACAAAGUUAUUUUAUU